AUGACAAUUUCAAAAUGUUUUCCCGAGAAGAAGAAUAAGUUGAAUGAAAACGAAAAUAAAACUUUUACACGAGAUGGAGGAUGGGGUUGGAUAGUUUGUUUUGCUGCUUUCAUGAUAAAUUUUAUCGCCGAUGGCACGAUGUUUUCAUUUGGAAUUAUCUUUAUUGAACUUCUGGAUUAUUUCAAAGAUUCAAAAUUCAAGACAUCCAUAGUGGGUUCUUCUCAGCUUGGAUUAAGUAUGAUGAUGGGUCCAGUUGUCAGCGUCUUGCUGAAACAUUUUACAUGCAGACAAGUUACAAUCACUGGUGGGUUUAUAGCUGCUAUAUCACUUGUAUUGAGUGUCUUUUCACCAAAUAUCGAUGUAAUGAUUAUAACGUACGGUAUCUUAUGUGGUAGUGGUAUAUGUAUGAUGUAUAUGACAGCUAUCAUUGCUGUUGGAUUAUAUUUUAAUGAAAGAAGAGCAAUAGCUACUGGGAUAUCUACAAGUGGUGCUGGUGUUGGUGUUUUUGUUUAUGGAUAUCUGAUGGACUAUUUACUAGAAAUUUAUGAUUGGAAAGGUGCUGUGCUUAUCCUUGCUGGGCUUAUGUUUAAUUGUAUUGUGUGUGGUGCUUUAUUUAGACCAAGACAGCCCAGUAUUCAAGACAUAGAACAUUUUGAGAUUUCUUCUUCGUCUAGUGGUUAUUGCGGAUCAAAUAGUCAACAUGUUGACAGUGAAUCUGAAGAAGAAUGUGAAUCAAUAAAGGCAGAUCAAAUUGUUACAAAUCAUCAUAAGCAUAAUAGUAGCAUUCGAUAUCAAACUAAAACUCAAAGUGCCGACGAACUAAACCUACUGAGCGUAAAAGCAAUUGAUCCACGACUUCACGUUAGUUCCUUCGCUGUUAGUAAAAUUACACUGGACUCUAAAAGUGAGAGAAUAGCAAUGGGUUUGUUGAAUCCGAUGCUCAGGAAAGACAUAUUUUACAGCGGGAGUGUUAGUCAACUUCCUGACUAUAAACAAUGUGAUGGAAGUUUAAAUUCAUUUUUAGCACAAAUGACACGCGAUAAAUCAAUUACUAAUGACAUGGAAUCUCACAUAAUAAGCACAUCUCAAGUUAAAUCUCUGUAUGAUAUUACCAUAUUGAAAGACAAUAUCUUCUGGGUAUUAUUGUUCACGUGUACAUUAUGGACAGUUCAGUCAAUUACCAUAACAUAUGUACCUGGACUAGCAGUAUCCAAUGGUAUAGAUAGAUCAAAAGCAGCAUUAUUGAUAUCUAUUGUUGGAAUUGCAAAUACUUUUGGAAGAAUUAUUGCUGGUUUUGCAAAUGACUUUUUCAAGAUAAGAAGUAGCGUACUUUAUUUCUGUGCACUGCUUGUUGGCGCAGUCGUCAAUUACAUUCUUCCAUUUUGCGGAACAUUUCCAUUAAUUGCAACAUGUACUGCUGGAUUCGGACUUUGUAUGGCUAUAGCCGUUUCAAUGAGAACGAUUGUAAUAGCUGAUCUGAUGAAAAUAGAAAGAUUAACCCAGUCUUUUGGUUUGAUUUCAUUUGCCCAAGGAGCAGCCUUUAUUUUCAACCCGCCUAUUGCUGGAGCCUUAAUGGAUUUUGCAGGAACUUACAUUGCUCCAUUUUUCAUGGCAGCGUCUCUGUAUGUAUUAUCGGCAAUUCUUAGUUUGAUUUUGGUGCUAAAGAAGAGAAGUCAAGGCCGAUGAUUGCUGACAAACUGAUGGGAUUUAUAACCACAUUGUAUGCUUUGUUUCGUAAAUUCAAAUGUGUAGCCAUUCAAAUUCAUUCGAAUAUUGAGACACUUCACUGAUAUAUCCAUUAUCAUAAUAUUGUCAUGUCAUUCUCAUUUAUUUAAUUCAGAACUAUAUUCAUUGGUUAUUGAUAUCUGUAUAUGAAACAUCAUAUUCUGACCUGAUAUUAUUAUUUUAAUUAAAGACAAUUUGAUUCUU